UACCCACACAAACAUUUUAUCAAUACAAAAUCUGCUAAGUCAACGGGUGCCCUGGUGCCGGGGUGGGUUGUCAUUACAUGUUUGUUAAUUAGACUUAUUCUUAUUCAGCGUGACUUAUUUAUUAAUAUUUUAUUUUAAAAUCCUGACAAUGAUAACGUUUAUAAGUUUUUAUUAACAAUUUGGUAAAUUUUAAGGACCAUGCCACAUUUUUAUCGAAUUUCAAGAAUGUAUCCCUAAAUCGAUCCCUAUAUUAUAUAUGAAUAUAUGCCAUGCCUAACCCUAAAGCCUAAAUCGAUCGCUUUGCCUAACCUGAACCCUAAAUCGAUUCCUCAACCUAACCUAAACCCUAAUUCACUGCAACUAUAAUAAACACACAAAAAGAGCCAUGACAUCCCUCCUUAAUAUCAGCCAACAAUUUUAUGCCUAUAAAUUAUAAACUUAACUGUAAUAUAUUUUCAUCCCAAAAACGAUAAGUAGACUAAGAUUAUAAGAUUAAUAAAAUAGUGUCGACGACAGUGACUUCAGUCAUCCAGACUCAGUAAGAGACGUUGUGAACCUUUGUCAUUGUGUCUGUCAUAACUACUAAGCUAUUAUUAAUUAAACGUCAAUUAAACUCCCCACAUAACUAACUUUACUUAUCAUCUUUAUGAUAUUGAUAACCUAAUCAGUAUCAGUGACUCAAUGCAAUGAUAAUCAUUAAUUCAAAUUUUCUUUGUCACACUUUGAGUUUGACUUUGGCAUUGUUAUAUUUUUUAUGUGUCCAGUGUCCGCUCAGUGAAGGAAAAUCUUUGUGAAUAUCUUAAACUUACUCUUACAGAAAGAUUAUUUCUGUGAGUACUGUGACUUCUCAUUAAAUUUAAACUACAUAUUACCCUUUCUAGCGUUAAUCAGUUAGGGGCUAUCCAUAAAUGAUAUCACACAAAUUUUGCCCCCUCCCCACAUCAUGACAAAAAGGUAGCCCCCCCCAAAAAUAACAUCACAAAUCUCUGUAACCCCCCCCCCCCCAUAAAAAUUCUCAGUGUCCACUGAUCCACUGCUGUCCUUGACAAACCNCCAAGAAGAAAACGUCCUCCCCCCCCCCCCCCUCCUUUUGAAUUUGCAGAUUUUAUUUAAAUUGCAAUGUACAGUGGCACCUCCAGUAAUAAACAACUUAAAGAAAGAAAACUAUGACCACUAAAUUAUUUAAUUAUUUUCAUCUUUUAAGUAUUAUUUCAAUAAAAUUUAUACAGUGUGUGUGGAGGAGGGGGAAUGUUUGAAAUGGAGUGGGCCAGCAGCGCUGCAAAAAGGUUAAGAAUCCCUGCCCUACAGCAUUUACUAAGAUCAACAUCUCACCCCCAGGGUCGACAUUUUUGUCGUCCUCUCCCACUUCACGUGGUAACCUAAUUCUAUGACUCCCGUCUCCACAUUUUGAACACAAAUUCUAUCGACUCUCAUAGGCACUACACCCCGAUUCUCCUCAUCUGUGGCGGCCUGUAACUUGAUAAGAGGGCAUUUUUGGACCUCGCAUACCUAUACUGAUUCUUUCAGAGAUCAUAGUUUAAAAAUAAAAUAAUUAUAACUGUUGUAUAAAGGAAUAAUGCUAAAAUGCUAAAAAUGUAUGUGAUUUGGGGCUUAUUAAUUAUUAUAUUAAUCUUUAUUAUAAUAUUCCACUUUUCAUGUGACAUCACAUUGCUCAAGCCACCCCCACCCCACCCUCCUCACAUAUCGUCACAAAAAUGUGACCCCCCCUUUCCCUCCGCCUAGACGCGUGACGUCAUUUAUGGAUGGCCCCUUACUUGCCUUGCUUGAUUCUCUUUCUUGGGACUUUGGCUUAGUUUUUAGGAAGUCUAAAGUCACACAAUCUUAAGUUUUAUUUUUAAGGGUCAUAAAUUCAAUUUGUGAAUGAAUAGGCCUACUCAAAUCAAGCCUACUCAACUGUCAAAACUCAAUCAAUGUUAAUUAAUAUCAAUAGGCCUAAUAAAAACUAGUUGAGUAGGCCUAAUACAUAUUGUCCAAAGGAAAUAGCUUACUGGUACAGAUUUUGUAAAUGUCUGUUUUGAUAGGAAGCAAAUGGUUUAAUGUAAAACAAUUUUAUUAAACUAUCUUUUCAUUUGGCCCAUCGAAGGAUAUAAUAAAAAAAUUAAUUUGAUUUUGUUUUUAAUGAUGAAUAAUUAACUCUCAUUUAAUUUUUUAUUUUAUUUUCAGAUCAGUCAAUUCAAAGUCAAAACAAGAAUCAGAACAGUGAGCUGCUCUGACUAUAUAGUUAGCUAACAUAUAAACGAUAAGGUACAGAGAGAGUAGAUCACAAAGUUAGUAAAGGACCAUCCAUAAAUAACACUAUUUUUGACAAUUUUACACCACAUCAUCACAAAUUCAUCACAUUUUUAAGACACCUGAAUUAUAUAUUGCAGACCUGUUACUCUUACGAUUUUGGCAUACAAUCUAUGAUUUUGAGGUGUAUAGCCUACAUUAUAUUAUAUAUACUGUAUGUUUCUAUUUUUACUAUUAAUAAUUAAGAUAAUGUAUUGAACGAUUUUGUGAUGAUAUUGUAUGAUUUUGAAGGUAAACAAGUCUGAUAUUGAAACAAAUUCCUGAACCCCACUCUAUGUGUGCGCCAUUUAAGGAUGGCCUCUAAGCCUAAGCUUACAGUUCUUUAAUUAUCUUUUUUAACCAUUGAAAAAGUUAAGACACUAUUUUGUUUUCUAAUCAUUUGCUAGGGCAGGAUGUUUUUCAUGCCCUAAUGUUAAUGUAAUGCCAUUUCCAAUACAGUCUUAGGUCUUUGGGGGCAUUGAGGAAUAAGUAGUUGACUCUAGUCGAAAGCUAAAACUAAAAAAAACAAGAUUUAAUUAUCAAUACAAAAGUAAAUAUAGGUCUAAGUAAUUCAACACUUAAGACUAGACUGAAGACUCAAACUUGAGCCAAAAAAAAUUAAAAAGAUCAUGGUAUUAAUAAAAUAGGAAAUAAAUGUUCCUGUCCACAAUUUUAGAAACAUGAUUCUUGAAACCAGGUUAGAUAAUAAAUGAAGUAAGGGAAGUCAUGUUUUGAGGAGCUGGGAAACUUAUCCUCUUGUGAACAAGCAAGAAGAGGUUGGACUUUCAAGUGGGCUGCUCCAGCCUACUUAAUUGUGGAGCUGAUUACAAAUCAGCAAUUCCAAUGAUGCAGUGAAAAGGCUUAAGGCUUUACCUUCCCUUUCUUUAUGUUUUGAGUACUUAUAGUUUUUUGUUUUUUUUGUGUGUUAUUUUCCAUGUUUUAUUUAAACACAAAUGCAGUCAUAUUUCUGAAAUUUUCUUUAAUUGAGUUCCUGUGAGGAUAAAGUCAUGCACAGUGUGCACAGAAUAGUCCUGAAUAGUAUAAUUAUGACAAUGGGAAUCCACAGUAAAUAAUCUAAUUAUGACAAUGUGAAUCGACAGACAUGAUUUGUGCAUUGGUCUUCUGCUUCCCUGCAGUGGUAGUGGAAACAGCGUUUUUGGCCCAUUCAACUUGAUGUUAUUUAUAUUUUGGAUGUUUUAUAUGUAUAUGAUGAUAAAAGAAUUAUUUCUAUGACUUACUGAAGAUUUAUUUUAUCAUCUACUAUUAGAAUGGCUUCUCCAGUAGCAGAAAAUAUACCAGACAGGUUGAUGAAUGAUGUAUGGGAAGUCAUGCACUUGGUUGCAACAAUGGAUCUCACAUCAUCCACAUCACGUUUGUAUUUUAGUACCAUUACUGUAAUGCCCCCCACUCCCCCAUAAAAAUAUUUAAAUGUUAGGGUUGUUUCACUUAAAAAAUAUUAUUAUUCAAUUUUAAUUAAUUCCCAUGUGAUAAGUAGUUCAGACUGAAUGCACUGGGAAGAAAAUUGUGAUUUGCUGGCUCGCUCAAACCUUUAAUGGUUCUAAUUUUUACUUAACUGGCUUCAAGUACAAUUAAAAUUUGGGGCCAAAGCUUAUAAUGUACUGUGACGAGCUUUCAAUUCCAUUCUCCUUUCAUUUAAUUUCAGGUUCUAGAAAUGACUUUCAGUUUGAAUGUGAUGGGGAUGAAGAUCUUGAUUCAGAAAGGAAGAAGAUGGCUGAAACACUGGUUAAAAUGGGUGAUUCCAUGGCAGAAAGAUAUAACAAACAAUCAGGUUUGUCAAGUUUUGUCCGUUCUUAAAAAGUGCUCAAAGUCAAAAUAAGCUACUAGCACAAAUAUUUGGUUGCUUUGCAAUUAAUUGAAAAAAAAUUAAAACAAAGCUUACGUUGAGAUAUUACCAAAUAUGUAAUUUAAUUCCUUUGGAACAAAACUAAUGUAGUUUACCAGACAUGAAGUUGUUCCAUGUUGAUUUUUAAAAAAAAAUGGUUUAUUAUUUUUUUUUACAAUUUACAGAUGAAGAUAUUCUUGUUCAGGAGAUUUCUGAUUAUCUUGGAAAAAAAGCUGAUGAAAUAAAUUCUCUACUAGGUAAUUCAUUCAUGCUCAAUAAAUUGUUUCAUCAGAUUUUUUAUUGGCGCUUUAUGAAAAAUGGAAUUGUGGAAAAUACAAAUUAUUCAUUCGAUUUAUUAUACCACAUUAAAAUGAAAAGAUCAUGAUAUAUACUAAAUUCUUUACUUAAUAUUUUGCGUUUAAACUAAUGUCCUCCACAAAGGAAGAAUUAUCUUUAAACACAUUUGUAUCUUUUAUUCAAUAAUUCUUUUAAAGGUCAAUUUUUUUUGGUGGCACGCUUUCCACGCUUACCACUAAGGGCUGAUCACAGACCUGUUUAUUCUUGACGUACAAUGUACGCUUUUGAGGUGUAUACAUCAUAUUUUUUUAUAUAUGUUUAUUUUUUUACUAUUAAGAUAAUUUAUUGAACAAGUUUGUGAUGCUAUUGUACGAUUUUAAGAGAUGGAGGGUAAACAGGUCUGUGGUCAGCCAGUUGAACUUAGAAAGCUGCUGAAAAACUGAGCAAUGUGAAUAGAGAGUUGCCACCCAUGGUUGUAAAAAAAUCAUGGUGAACAUAAUGGCGAGAAUAGUGAUCCAAAGGGUUUGGGAAAGUUUUUUAUACUACACUCCCUCUCCCACUCUGUACCAGGUAAACUUUAAGAAAGAUCCCUUUUGAAGCUUUUAAAAAAAUCAAUCUAAUACAAUAAUCUUGAAUUUAAUUACAGCAUGGCAAUUAAUAAGCCAAAAUAUACUAAAGAUUUUCUUCUAGACUAAAAUCCAAUUGAAAUUUUCCUAUUUAGGACCAGGAUUUACUAAAUUUGAUCCCAGGAAUGUGAUUUACAAGGUAAAAACCUAUAAUUUAAAAGUAUAGAAUUUAUCUGUUCCUGGCUGAUAUUAUUUCUGAAUUUCCAUUUUUUAAAUGCAUGCUUUCUCAGAUAUUCAAACAUAUUGUCUUCGAAUCUCAAAAUGGCCUAUCAUCAAUGAUAGUGGGAAAUGAGUGAAGACACUCUUGCCAAUUUUUUUUUUAAAGUGGGAAUAACAAAAAAUGACAUCGCCUUUAAGUUUGAAUAAUUACAAGUACGGUACUUCACUUUCACUUAGUAUUUUCUGCAUUUCCUCAGCUUUGUGCACCAACGAUACAUUUCUCAUUCAACAGCCUCUUAAUUGUUUCUGUGCAAGAAAUCUAUAAAUGAUGGGUUAAAAAAAAUAGCAAUGCAUCUAGGUUUUCAUAAUGUAUAAUAUUUUUAAAAAUUGACUUUUGUGUUAAUUUUUUCAGACUCCUGUUUGGGGCAGUAUAUAUGGCGCUUUCAAGUCAAAACUUGAGCAAUUUUUGGGAUUUGAUGACAUUUCCGAUCAAACUCAAAUAGCGCUGGUCUCGUCAGUAACAAAAGGUGUGGCCAAAAGCUUCCAAGAAUCGUCUUCCCAAUCUGUGAAUCUGGUCACAACUCUCUCUACUUAUUACAUCACUGAGAAAUACGGACAGAAGCUUAAGGACUUUAGAAGUCUAGUAAGUACUUUUGAAAUGAGUACUGUACAGUAGUAUCAGACUUACCAUCUCCUAACUUGGUGUAUAUCUCAAUUGACUUACAUUUCUCCAUCACUCCCAACAAUAGCCUGCCGCAUCGGGCCUUGUGUAUUAUGUAUCUUGUAAUUGCCAACUUGUCUAUACAGAGCAUCACAUCCAACUUUUUAACAAGUAAAAAAAAAUUAUGUGAGGCCUAAAGAAUGGAACCUAAAUGUUGUGAUAAAUUUGAAGGCAGAAUGGAAAUCUAUGAGACAGAACAAUUGUUUGUCCUCCCUCAGUCUACUGUGUGAACAAUGACUUAAGAUGAACAGCCAAUAUCUUUGUUGUUAGAAAAAAGUAAUUGGGUAAAUCCUAAAAAUAAAUUACUUAUUGAAGUUGUGGGCUGUUUUUAAAAAAAAAAAUAUCUAUGUUCAAAGAUAAAAUAGUUUUAAUUUACCAAUACACAGUUUUGUAUUUGUACAUUUACGACUGUAUCAAUGAAACUAAUAAUCUGAUUAGUAUGGAAAUCUUGACCUCAGCUCAUUCAAACAAUACCAGAACCAGCCAUGUGGUAACUUUAGGGCACUACUGUAUUCAAGUAUUUCAAGUAGACCAAGGACAUACUGUUUAUCAGGGUGUUUUGAUCUAAAUUAAAAGUAUUAAUUAAAAUUUUUAAAAUAAAAUAAGUUUUCUGGGCCCCAUGGAAAGUUUUGAAAUAUGGUAAUAAGUGGGUUGGACUAAGAUUUAGAAGACAUAUAUUUUAAUAGUAAGUAAAAAAAUGUUUUUCCUGCCUCAAGUCCUAUUUAUUUUAAAGGGAUGAUAAUUUUUUUUCCUUAAGUUGUUGUACAUAAAUGGAUUUUAUCUGCUGAAGAAUCCUUUUAGCCACAUUUUUCAUUUGUCUUCAGUAGAACUUCCACCCACUUCAUUACAUUUACAGUUCUAAAAGUAAGCAGCACCACUAAGGAUUAUUGAUGUAAUAAAACUCAUUUGUCAUUUGGUAUGCCUUAAAAUUAAGUUUGUACUAGUUCAAUGCUUCUUCUUCCUCCAUGUUAAAAUUUUAAAUUUACUUUAUUUCAGGCGCCACUUCAGUGAAAUUCUGAACAAGGGAACAAAACGUCUUGAAGUUUAUUAGUAUUAGGGAAUAAAUAUUCAGUCAGUGAAAGGCUAGUCACAUAUUUAGGAUAAGUUACAAAAGACAAAAAAAAAAAAAGCCUUACACAUUUUACAUUUUUUUAUAGCUUCUCUUUCACAUUAAAAAAAUCUUUAUAUUCAGUUUUACUUUACUGGUAUAUUCUAUUAAUAAGCACAUGUUUUUGAUUUUUCUGAAAAACUGAUUUUAAGCAGUACCAGAUGAACAUUGACCCAUUUUUAAGGAAAGCGAUAUUUGACAUUACUGGAGACCCACCGGGUACUUGUAUUUUAAUAUUUUCGUAAGGUGUGACUAUUACUUAAUUAUUUCUUUUAGAACUUUGUUUCAAUGUUAACCACAGGUUUGUUAGAGCUAUUGUUGACUAUUACUGACAAACCACCUCAUUGAACAGUUCAGAGAUAUUUUUACAUACGUUUUUAUUAACAAAUUUAUUAAAAAUGAGAAUUUGUAAUUGUAAAUAACGUUUUGAUUCAACUUUUCUACCAAAUGCUGUGUGAAAAUAUCUCAUUUUUAAAUCCUUUAUUAUGUAUCAAUUUUGCUUUUGUUUGUGGUUGGCUGGCAAAAUCUUGGGAUGGCUAAUAGACCCACUUCCCGUCAACCUACUGAGCUAAAACUUGACACAUAGACUUAGACUCGAUGCUGAUGACAACACAUUCUAUCAAAUUCUCAACCCAAACCCCAAAAAUUGGGUUUUCCUGUUUUUCAAGGAAAGAUGGAAAUAUGAUGACACUGAUUUCAUGAAAUAAAAUUCCCAAUAAAUGCACUUAAUGGGAUCCUUACCAAAAAAAAAUAGCAUGUGUGAUGUUUGGUACGUAAUAUUUUCUUUUGCUUUUCUGAAAUGGUGAAAUAAAUCUGUGGUGUAUAAGCGGGUGGGUCAUUAGAAUAUUGAUAUAAUAUAGG